GCAGAGCAUGGUGCUUGCCACUGCGGCCAGAGGGCACGAAGUUCGAACGAGGUGAAGCAAAUGUGCUAGAAUGCAGCGAAUUAUGCCACUAGACAUAGUUGCGGUACAUCCGGGGAACAAUGGCCAUCCACAGGUGACACCGGGCUUGUGAUGCAUAUCUAUAUUUGUUCUUUUGAUGUACAUUGCCUGCACUGGCAAGGCCACUAAUAUUUGUGGACGAGUCAAAGGAUCCAAGCUGUGUCACAUUAAUAUUACUACAUAUUCUGUGUUGGCUGUAUUUCUCCUCUUUACACAUCUUUCCAUCUCUCCCUUCACUCACACCUACUCCCUACUAAUUAUGAACAACGACAUCCCCCCUGCACUCGGUCGUCGAAGAGUCACUCUUGAACUGACUGAACGUCUUUGUUCUCAAAAGCAUUUCCUGGACGGUAUUAAUGACCUCCUGAAGUUCGGUCACUCGCAAGAUUCAGAAUUACAGCGUCACGGUCGAAAGAUCAUCGCCCUGACUGAGGUCGCACGCAGCACUCUUACGCGUGUGGGAGUGAAAUUGUACCUGUUCGUUAUUUGUUCACAGACUUUCCUGCCGCUGAAGUCGGCGUACUUCAAAAUGCUGGUUUUCAUAAGAAGCCGCAAACACGCCUUUCCUUCCGAGUUGGACGAUAGAAUAAACCGGCUCUUGCAUCCACUACGUACUCAUCUCGUCAUACGCUGCGGGGGAGUUGACACCCGUGUCCAACUGGGCAUCGACGAAUUACUAGUCUCUCCUACCGCACCAGCUGUUGGCAAAGGGACUUGCCUGCCGGCAGCGUCUGCUGCUAAUGUUAUGCCACCACCGGAUGCUUUCAUGAACAAAAGAGAGAGAAUAAAUAGGUUCGGGGAAUUUAUAAAGCAGCAAUCUACCGGGGGGUCCCAUGCACGAAAACAUCUAGUGCCUAGGCAAUACCCAGCGGGCGCUGUUGAUUCGAGCGACAGCGAGGAGGAACGUUUAGUGGCUGCACAAUACCCCGUGGGCGACCCGGGUUACAACAGGGCAAACCCUCCAGUGCCUAAGCAAUACCUAGCGGCUGACGUUAUACCGGGCGACGAGGGACCUUCUCGCCCUCGAAGGGUGUUUGCUCGAACAAACACCCAAAACUUUGGCAUUUUUUGCACUGGGAAGCGGCCAGUUUCUUCUGCUAAGACUGCUCGUCUUUACUAAUGGCUACCGCAUUGUACCUCAUUUCAACCUGCGUUCUCGGUCACCUGAUAAAUAUGGGAUGUAUCUACGUGGUAAUCUGCAUCGCAUC